AUGCCAAGCCCAAGUAAAAAGAGGAAACUCAACGACCAAUCCUCGUCCGGAGUACCGUCACGGGGACUGGAAUAUUUCUUCUCGAAGCAGAAGCAGAAUGGCACAUCGACAGCUAAGGCCACUCCGGAGUUGACUCCAGAGGUUGUAUCAAACGGGUCGGGGCUGGGAGAUCAGCAACCAGAGUUGACAGAUGAGGAACUUGCACGGAAGCUGCAAGCGGAAUGGGACGCCGAGGUACAAAACGAAAGGGCAGACUCAACGCCAUGCCCAGAGCCCGCAAAGGAGCCAAGUCCGCAGUCUCAAUCAGGCACGACAGUACAGUCAAGCGAAGGAAAGCCCGACGUUGGGAUCUCAUCGACAACUGUCGUGUUCCCGGAGGCGCCGAAGAAGAACACCUUGUCACUGUCUUCCGUGGCCAACGCUGAAGAUGCCAUUUCAACGACAAUUCCUCUGGAUCAAAGCCCGCUGACUUUUGAUCCGUCAGAAUUCGUUCCUCAGCUCAAGGCUCACUGGGCUGCGGAGGGUGGUCAUGCAUCCUACGCCUUUUUGACCCGAUGCUUCAUCCUGGUGAAUGCGACGCAAAGCCGCAUCAAAAUCGUGGAUACGCUGGUCAAUUGUAUCAGGGUUUUGAUCGAAGCCGAUCCCGAAAGCUUGCUGCCAGCUGUAUGGCUUGCGACCAAUGCCAUCUCGCCCCCUUACAUCUCCUUGGAGCUUGGCUUGGGAGGUUCGGCAAUCUCUAAGGCGCUCAAGCAAGUAUGUGGACUGGACAGUCGAGCUUUGAAGACAAUUUACGACAAGUAUGGCGAUGCGGGCGACGUUGCCUUUGAAGCGAAGAAGAAACAAAGUUUUACUUUGCGAAAGCCGAAGCCUCUUACGAUCAAGGCUGUCUAUCAAUCGCUAGUUAAAAUCGCCAACAGCCAAGGUCAAGGAAGUGGGGAGGCCAAGCAGAGGAUCGUUGAUCGACUUCUACAGGAUGCCCGGGGUGGCGAAGAGAGCAGGUACAUUGUACGGACGCUGUGCCAGCAUCUACGUAUUGGCGCUGUCAAAACCACUAUGCUGAUCGCUCUCUCUCGGGCCUUUCUACUCUCGAGACCCCCAGGGGCCGAGUUUCCUUUACGGUCAACGAAGGAUCUCCAGAGGUUGAAAAAGGAAGAACUUGCUGAAGUAUGGAGCAGGCCGGAAGAAAUCGUCAAAGCCUGCUUCGCGCGACGUCCCAACUACAACGACCUCGUGCCAGUCUUGUUGGAAAUCGGCGUUUGCGAUGAGCUGCUACUUCGUUGCGGCUUAACUCUCCACAUCCCUUUACGGCCCAUGUUGGGUAGCAUUACAAGGGAUCUCUCGGAGAUGCUUACCAAACUUCAAGGCAGGGACUUUGCCUGCGAGUUCAAGUAUGACGGCCAACGUGCCCAAAUUCAUUGCGACGAGAAGGGCAAGGUUACAAUCUUUUCACGCCACCUGGAACUCAUGACUGAUAAGUAUCCUGAUCUUGUUGCUUUGAUGCCUAAGAUCCGGGGUGAAGGCGUAGACAGUUUUAUUAUGGAAGGCGAGGUCGUCGCGGUGGACAGUGAGACGGGAGAGCUCAAGAACUUCCAAACCCUGAGCAACCGUGCGCGGAAAGAUGUUGCUAUCGGAAGCGUACAAGUCAAUGUGUGCAUGUUCGCCUUCGACCUCAUGUUUCUCAAUGGCCAGCCUCUAUUGGAUCGGCCAUUCCGAGAACGAAGGGAGCUUCUGCGGUCCAUGUUCAUUGAGGUUCCUCACCAGUUUACUUGGGUAAAGACCCUUGAUGCAACAUCACAAGACUCUGAUGCCGUCCUGGAGUUCUUCAAGGCGGCGAUCGACAUCAAGUGCGAGGGCAUCAUGGUCAAGAUCUUGGACAACCUUACCGAUGUCCCAUAUCAAGGCGACGAUUCUGGAGAGAUCGACGGAGAGGUCGUUGAAGAACCCCGCACACCUUCGAAAUCGAAAUCAAGGGCCAAGAAUGGCAAAGAUGAAGAUGGUGGUCCGAAGAAGAAGGGACGGCGAAAACCACUUUUAGCCACAUACGAACCUGAUAAACGUUUAGAUUCGUGGUUAAAGGUCAAGAAGGAUUAUAACGCGAGCUUCGAUACCCUGGACAUGAUCCCUGUUGCCGCAUGGCACGGACAGGGACGGAAGUCUAAGUGGUGGUCGCCUAUCCUCAUGGCCGUCCGCAACGAACACACCGGCUCCCUCGAGGUUGUGUGCAAAUGCAUGUCCGGGUUCACGGAUGCGUUCUACAAAGCGAACAGGGAGUUCUACGAAGAUGGCGAGUUGAGCGGCGGUGAAAGGAAGAACACGCGCACCCAAAAGCCGGCGUUCGUUGAGUACUGGGGGCCGGAGCCUGACGUGUGGUUCGAGCCGCAGGAAGUGUGGGAGAUGGCGUUUGCGGAUAUUACUUUGAGCCCAACAUACACUGCUGCGAUCGGCUUGGUCAGCGAGGAUCGCGGGCUGAGUCUGCGGUUCCCGCGGUUUCUGAAGAAGAGGGAGGAUAAGAGCAUGGAUGAAGCAAGCACAAAUGAGUUUCUCGCUGGGUUGUGGAGGAAGCAGGAGGCGAAAGCGCCAACCAAGGAUAGGCAAGGUGAAGAUGACGACCUUGAGGAAUGA